AUGCGAUUAGCACCGUGUGCACGGCUUGCGACCGUGUCUGGCGGGCUGCUGCACUCAUCACGCUUGCUGUUGCAGCAGGGCUCGCGGCACAAGAUCGUUAUUCCCCCGCUGUCGACGUUAGGCGGUGACUCAGCUGGAUCGUCGACCACAUCUUUUUCAUCAUCGCUCUCGCCCUACGCCAGGGAGUACGAACAGCACCGUCGCGUCAGCUCUGCCGUCGCGCCGUUCCUGCCAGCGGAGAGCGCGGCGGAGCUGCAACGUGCGCAGCAGCUGGACGCCUUUCGCGAAGGGAAUGAGGCGGUAGUGGAAAAGCUGUGGCGGGACUCGAAGUCGCACCUGCGCAAGCAGCAGAAGCUUGUGGAGGAGUACGGUGUGGAUGGCGCCGUGCGCGAGACGCUACAGCCUAGUACCACCUCGUUUCGUGAGCACCUUCGCCAGCGGCCGCUUGACCGCGCCAUCUUACAGGAGAUUUACCUUGGCUUGCAUGGCCGCCGCAUUGAGAGGAAGCUAAAGCGCGGUGUCUCUUGGGAGCACUGGAUUACGAAAGGCGACGGCACGGCACCGGUCUUUGGCACAUCGAGCAAAGCCCAACAAACUUUCGCGUUCGGCGGUAACAUUCAGCAAGCGCGCUGCGCCACCCACCCACAGCACUUUCCCGUGUUGCUCAGCCACGCCGCAGUCAACGCAACAUCUUCCGCCACGGGCGGACCGGGAAAGCGAAGGUGCAACACCAAGCAGCAUCAGAGGCAGCUUCAACACCAGCACCCUCCGCAGAAGUCAGCCCCUCGGCUGCACCCUCGGCACAGCUUGCUGCCCGAGGUAGCAUUCAUCGGCCGUACGUCCAGUGGCAAGUCGUCCCUUGUGAAUGCCAUCGUGAACGCGAUGAUCACACCGUACGGUCACCUCCGCGGCACGACGAGCUCACUGCGUUUUUACAACAUUGCGAACCGCUUGUUGCUGGUGGACUGCCCCGGAUAUGGCCAUUAUGACUCGAUGUGCACUCCCGCGAUCGACGCCGAGAACGCCGUGCGGGCGAUGCGGGCGUACCUGAAGGCAUGCGCGGCACCCGGUGCUGUGCAGAGGAUGCAGCGGCACCGCCGCCAUGGAACGUCAGUCGCGACUCCCCACCAACCGAUGAGGGAGAGAAGCGACAAGUCGACUGAGUUGAAUGCAGACGGAGUGGAAAAGGGUGACAAUGAGGUCGACGGCGAUCGUGGGUGUGGUGGUAAGGAGCCUCUCCUGCUGUACCAACCACGGAACAUCAAGCGUGUGUUUCUCUGCGCCUCCGCGCAGGGGUUACAGCACCUAGACUACGCAUACUGCGACAUGCUCGAGGCUUAUCAUAUACCUUUCACAGUGGUGCUGACCAAGACAGACGCGGCCCCCAUCCGCUUCCUUGCCCGGCUCACGGACUACACGCGCAGCCAGCUCGUGCGCUACAUCCAGUGCAAAGAGAUUCUGCUGACGAGCUCGCUGCGCAUUGCCGGGAUCGACAAGGUGCAGGAGUUGCUAGGGAGUUUCGCUGUCGCUGAUGAUCCACUGCACGGCGCGACAGCAGACUUUAGCUCCAUUGUGUAG